CCACGGCCGGCCGCCCGCCCUGGUACACCGAGACCGGCGCGCCGCUCGACGAGGCCUUUGUCAUCGGCCUGUGUGGAGGGAGCGCAUCGGGCAAAACCACAGUGGCCAACAAGAUCAUCGAAGCCCUGGACGUGCCCUGGGUAGUGCUGCUGUCCAUGGACUCCUUCUAUAAGGUGCUGAACAAGGAGCAGCAAGAGCUGGCCGCCUGCAGCGAGUACAACUUCGACCACCCCGAUGCCUUUGACUUUGACCUGCUGGUCAGCGUCCUGCGCAAGCUCAAGAAGGGCAAGAGCGUCAAGGUGCCGGUGUACGACUUCACCACACACAGCCGCCGCAAGGAGUGGAAAACCAUCUAUGGGGCUAAUGUCAUAGUCUUCGAGGGCAUUUUGGCCUUUGCCAACAAGGAGCUACUGAAGCUGCUGGACAUGAAGGUGUUUGUGGACACAGACUCAGAUAUCCGGCUGGUGCGGCGGCUGCAGCGUGACAUCAUGGAGCGCGGGCGUGACAUUGUGGGCGUCAUUAAGCAGUACAACAAGUUUGUCAAGCCGGCCUUCGAGCAGUACAUCGAGCCCACCGUGCAGGUGGCUGACAUCGUGGUGCCCCGGGGUGGGGAAAACUCUGUGGCCCUGGAUCUCAUUGUGCAGCAUGUGCACAGCCAGCUGGAGAAGCGGGAAAUCACCGUCAGAGCAACCCUGGCCUCCCCCCACCAGGGGCAGCCGCUGCCCAAGACUCUGAGUGUCCUGGAGAGCACACCGCAGGUGCGCGGCAUGCACACAAUCAUCAGGAACAAGGACACGACCAGGGAUGAAUUCAUCUUCUACUCCAAGCGCCUGAUGCGGCUGCUGAUUGAGCACGCCCUCUCCUUCCUGCCACUUAAGCCAGUGACUGUGGAGACGCCGCAGGGGACGAUCUACGAGGGGAAGCGCUUCCAUCGGCAGCGGAUCACGGGUGUGUCCAUCCUGCGUGCAGGGGAGACCAUGGAGCAGGCCCUCACGGCCGUCUGCAAGGACAUCCGCCUGGGCAAGAUCCUCAUCCAAACCAACCAUGACACGGGAGAGCCUGAGCUGCACUACCUGCGCCUGCCCAAGGAGAUCAGUGAGGACUACGUCAUCCUGAUGGACAGCACUGUGUCCACGGGUGCUGCCGCCAUGAUGGCCGUGCGCGUCCUGCUGGACCACGACGUGCAGGAGGACCGGAUCUUUCUGCUCUCGCUGCUGAUGGCAGAGAUGGGGGUGCACUCUGUGGCCUACGCCUUCCCCCGUGUCCACAUCAUCACCACGGCUGUGGACAAGCGCGUCAGUGAGGAGUUCCACAUCAUACCUGGCAUCGGUAACUUCGGAGACAGAUACUUUGGCACCGACGCCCCCGCAGCCUGGUUGGAGAGUGAGAGCAUGGACUGCUGAGGAGGCCUGGCUCCCUCCUGCACCUCCUGUUAGGGGACCAGCCCCUUCCCCCUUCUCCUGCCCUGCCCUAGGAUCCCCGCUAGCCUGGGACCCGCUGCUGCCUGCGCCCUGCAGCACCCUGCUCCGAGGACGGAGGGGGCAGCGCCGCAGCCCCCUGCCCUGCAGCUGGGGCCAGCACCUGCUGGGGCGGAUCCGCGUGCAGCGGGCGUGCAGCCGGGCUCCUGCCCUGCGCUCUAUUUAUUCCUAGUGAUGGUGAGCAGCCCCAGCCCCCGCACUUUGCGCAGGGUCCGCCCCGCUCCCGCUCCCCCAGUGCCUUGGGCAGGCGC